AACGUGUGGCACGCACUGGAAGGCGAUGCAACGACGUUGCGAUGUCGUUAGAAUCGCCCUGGCAGCUAAGUAGUCCUCUUUCUUUUCCGCUGAAGUGUCAAAAACUUUGAGAUGGCCAAGUCAAAGAAUCACACAAACCACAACCAGAACAAGAAGGCCCAUCGCAAUGGCAUCAAGCGCCCCAUGCGUAAGAGCCACGAGUCCACCAUGGGCAUGGAUGUCAAGUUCCUGAUCAACCAGCGGUACGCACGCAAGGGUAACCUGUCCCGCGAGGAGUCGGUGAAGAAAUACAACGAACGCAUCGCCUCGCAGCAGGGCAAGCCCAAGCCCAUUACUUUGUAGAUUCCAGACAACAUCCGAUCUUGGUUAGAAGAGAGCCCGUUGUUUAAUUAAAGGAAAUCAAUUUAACGUA